UAGGAGAUCUAGCAUUAUGACGUGUUGUGUAGUUGUAAAUAUGGUAUUAUAAUCGUACAUAUUGCAGUACGUCAUGUUAUUUAAAUAUCGUUUAAAAAUAAUGUACUUUUCUGAUAAAGUUCAAUAUUAAUUCAUUCUCUACAGAUAUUUCUCAGUGUUUAUCAUACAAAUUAGUACAUUGCAGUAAGAUAAUACGCUUCAUCUAACAUGUUUGUUAAUUUUUUGUGAAAUAUUGUUUAGUGACGUUCAUUUGAUUUAUCUAAGACCUAUAUUGUACAUUUUCGCUUCAAUAUUGAUUCAUCAUUGACCAUGAAGGUGACAUAUUCUUGGUUAAUAUAUUCAUGUAUAAUUUUUGGAGAAGGCGUUUUUUGUGACAGAAAGCUUGAAAAACGACAAACUGUACCAUCUUGCACAGUAAAUCCUGAUGACGCAUUUAACUGUUCAAAUGGACAAUGUAUCGAAUCGUCGGCUGUUUGCGACGGUCGUGCGGAUUGUUCAGAUAGUUCAGACGAGACCAACGAUUUAUGUGCAAAACAAACAUGCCGGAGUUAUUCAUAUCGAUGUAAUUAUGGAGCUUGUGUAGAUAAAAGUGCAAAAUGCAAUGGUAAGAACGAUUGUGUUGAUGGAUCUGACGAAAACUUACCCGAAUGUAAACAAAGCUCUAUAAGCAGUACUCAAAAUUCCAACGGUUCAUCUAAAUGUCUCGAAGACCAGUACAAAUGUAAAUCUGGCCAAUGUAUUGAUGGAACAUCAACUUGCGAUGGAUCUCGAGAUUGUAAGGAUGGGUCUGAUGAAACUUUAGCAUUAUGUAAAAUAAUUCAGUGCCCAAAGUAUACAUUUCGGUGUAAAUAUGGGGCCUGUGUCACCAAAGAGAGUAAAUGUGAUGGCAUAAGACAAUGUGCUGAUGGAUCUGAUGAAGAAAGAUGUGUUGAUCGUAAUCCAAUAUCAGAACCAAUAACACCAAGACCUGUAACAACUACAACAAAACCAAAACCAACGACACAGUCUAAUUCAAAGAAUUUAUGCAUUUUACCAACUGCCGAAGGGGUUAUAUAUUCGUACGAAGGUUCAAAUGAAAUCUUACCUCACGGGACAUUGAUUGACUAUUAUCGCACUGUAAUUGAAAACUGUGAAGUUGGAUAUCAUAAGGCUUAUCCUAAUGGUUUUAGGGUUUGUCAGGGAAACGGAAAAUGGAUAUCAAAUUCUGAUAAAUUAUGUUUCAAAAUGUGUCCGCCUCUAAUAUCUGAUAGUUUAAAUAUUAAUUGUACUCUCAAUGGAAACUAUGCUAAUUGUUCAAAUCCAUCAAUAUAUGGCACAAAAGCAAUACCAUCUUGUAAGCCAACACAUAAAAUACCAAAUGGACAAGAAGAAACUCCAAUUGAAUUACUCUGUCAGUCUAAUGGAAUGUGGAGUAAUCAACUAUAUAAAUGCAUUCCACAUUGUGGUAGAGUUUAUAUUGAUAGUAAACCAUUGAUUGAUAAUGGUAAGAAAGCACAUGUUGGAACAGCACCUUGGAAUGUUGCAAUAUAUCAAUUAAAUAAAGAGAAUUUCAAAUAUGACUUGAUAUGCGGAGGAUCUAUAAUUACUCCAAAUUUAAUUGUUUCUGCGGCUCAUUGUUUUUGGCAAAAAGAUUCGCUGUCUAAACGAAUAUCAAUUAACGAUGGUUUAUAUAAAAUUGCUGUUGGAAAAUAUAAUAGAGAUUACACGGUUAUUGACAAUGACUUUACUCAAAUAAUGGAUGUGGAAACUAUUUACCUAAAAGAUGGUUAUUAUGGAGCUAACGGGUUCCAUAGUGAAGAUAUAGCUGUAGUCGUGUUACCAAACAAAAUUUCUAUUAGUAGUGGUGUUGCACCAGUUUGUAUCGAUUGGAGUGGUAAUUAUAAUAUACCAAAUGGAGCUCAAGGAAAGAUUGUUGGUUGGGGAAAAACAGAAAAAGACAUAUCAAGUCCCAUUUUAUUGGAGGCAACUUUACCAUACAUCGAUCAUAAUUCUUGCCGAAGCAUGUAUACAAAUGGUUUUCAAACGUUUGUGACUAUUGAUAAGUUUUGUGCUGGGUCUGCAUUAGGACAAGGUGUUCGUGAAGGUGACAGUGGAGCAGGAUUAACGUUUUUACGUUCUAAUUUUUAUUACUUAUCUGGAGUAGUGAGUGUCAAAGAUCCAAAUACAAAUAAUUCAAUAGCAGUUUUCACAGAUGUUAAAUACCACAUUCAAUGGAUUCGUGAACUCUACAAUAAAUAUAAUUUGAAUGUAUGUGUUUUACCAAUUGCUGAAGGGGUAUUAUAUUCGUACGAAGGUUCAAAUGAAAUCUUACCUCACGGGACAUUGAUUGACAAUUAUCGCACUGUAUUUGAGAAUUGUGAAGUUGGAUAUCAUAAGGCUUAUCCUAAUGGUUUUAGGGUUUGUCAGAGUAACGGAAAAUGGAUAUCAAGUUCUGAGAAAUUAUGUUUCAAAAUGUGUCCGCCUCUAAUAUCUGAUAGUUUAAAUAUUAAUUGUACUCUCAAUGGAAACUAUGCUAAUUGUUCAAAUCCAUCAAUAUAUGGCACAAAAGCAACACCAUUUUGUAAGCCAACACAUAAAAUACCAAAUGGACAAGAAGAAACUCCAAUUGAAUUACUUUGUCAGUCUAAUGGAAUGUGGAAUAAUCAACUAUAUAGAUGCAUUCCACAUUGUGGAAGAGUAUAUAAUAAUGGCAAACCAUUGAUCAAUAAUGGCAAGAUAGCACAUGUUGGAACAGCUCCUUGGAACGUUGGAAUUUACCAAUUAAAUAAAGAGAAUUCCAAAUAUGACUUGAUAUGCGGAGGAUCUAUAAUUACUCCAAAUUUAAUUGUUUCUGCGGCUCAUUGUUUUUGGCAAAAAGAUAUGUUAUCUAAACGAAUAUCAGUUCUCGAUGGUCUAUAUAAAAUUGGUGUUGGGAAAUAUAAUAGAAAUUUAACAGUAAUUGACAAUGAAUUCACUCAAAUAAUGGAUGUAGAAACAAUUUAUCUUAAAGAAAGUUAUUAUGGAUCUGAUGGAUUCCAUGGUGAAGAUAUAGCUGUUAUCGUAUUAAAAAAUAAAGUUAUAAUUAGUAUAGGUGCUGCACCAGUUUGUGUUGAUUGGAGUGGUAAUUAUAAUAUACAAAAUGGAGCUCAAGGAAAGAUUGUUGGUUGGGGAAAAACGGAAAAAGACACAUCAAGUCCUACUUUAUUAGAAGCAACUUUACCAUACAUCGAUCACAAUUCUUGCCGAAGCAUGUAUACAAAUGGUUUUCAAACAUUUGUGACUAUUGAUAAGUUUUGUGCUGGAUCUGCAUUAGGACAAGGGGUUCGCGAAGGUGACAGUGGAGCAGGUUUAACAUUUUUGCAUUCUAAUUUGUAUUAUUUAACUGGAGUAGUGAGUGUCAAGGAUCCAAAUACAAAUAAUUCAAUAGCAGUUUUUACAGAUGUCAGGUAUCACAUUCAAUGGGUUCGUGAAUUGUAUAACAAAUAUACUUCUUAUGCUAGUGAUAAUUUAUAUAAACCCAGUAGUCUGGCAUUGCAAUAAAAAUAAUUUAUUAAAUGUGUUAUUAAAAUCAAUAUUUAUAUAAAUAUAUUUUUACUUAUGUUAUUUUUAACAAUUGUUUCAUUGAAUUAAAUCAAAUUAAAGAUUUUAUUUAAUUAUCUUAGGUGAUAAACAUACAUUAUAAACAUAAUGUAUAUUUUUUAUAACUUUUUGUUGUAUAAAUAAUUGAUUCUUGAUUAUUUUUAUUGUAAUUGAUUAUUAAAAUUACUACUUUUAUUUUUAUUUUUGUACAAUUAUUUCAAUGUUUAAGGGUUAGGUUAAACGUGUUCAUUGAAUUUAACAAUUCUAAAAAAAAAAAAAAAAAAUAUAUAUAUAUG